AAAGUUAAUAGUUAUUUUAAACUUUUAAAUUCGCGCCGCAAAUAUUAUAUUUGAAGAGUUUUGACACACACUCACUGCCUAACUGAUUCUCAUGCAUGUAUUUAAAGCAAUACAAAAUAGUCAUGGAUUAUGUUUAAAAUACGCGUUUGGCUGGCUGACCAAUAAAUCUAAAUUUGCAGCAUUUUGAAGAAUUCGUGGAUUCAAUCGAAAGUGUCAAGAAGCCAAAAUGGCCUGGAGCUAAAUGAAUUCCCCCAUCAUUUACCGCUUUACACAAAAUGACACUCGAAACAGUGGGUUUUUCCGAUGAUGGUCGUAAUAAAGAAACGACGUUUACACGAUUUUGAUAACACAUGAGUGUUUCGUUAGGUUGAGAAGAACUUUAUAUGACAGAAGUGAGAAAACAAGACUUCUGCUGACGUCUUUUUAAACUGUGACAAUUCCCGUUGCCGUUGGCGUUGUUGACCGUCUAUUUAUCUGGAUAUAUCCACUGUGGUUUGGAUUUUUAGAAUAAUAUAUGAUAGCACACACAACUGUGUACUGGGCAAUAGAAUUAGUUGAUACUGCCAAACUGUAUUCAUGGAUAUAACUUCAGUUGUUACUGCCAAACUGUAUUCAUGGAUAUAACUUCAGUUGUUACUGCCAAUCUGUAUUCAUGGAUAUAACUUCAGUUGUUACUGCCAAACUGUAUUCAUGGACAUAACUUUAGUUGUAACUGCCAAACUUUAUUCAUGGAUAUAACUUCAGUUGUUACUGCCAAACUGUAUUCAUGGAUAUAACUUCAGUUGUUACUGGCAAACUGUAUUCAUGGAUAUAACUUCAGUUGUUACUGCCAAACUGUAUUCAUGGAUAUAACUUCAGUUGUUACUGCCAAACUGUAUUCAUGGAUACAACUUCAGUUGUUACUGCCAAACUGUAUUCAUGGAUAUAACUUCAGUUGUUACUGCCAAACUGAAUUCAUGGAUAUAACUUCAGUUGUUACUGCCAAACUGUAUUCAUGGAUAUAACUUCAGGUGUUACUGCCAAACUGUAAUUAGUGUUAUGACAUCAGUUGCUUCUGUCGAACUGUAUUAAGGAUCAUACCAUCAGUUGCUGCUGCAAAACUGUAGUCAGAUAUGAAAUGUAACACCAGUAAAUUAUUUCAAAUUAUAUUCAUGAUUUUAACAUCAGUUGCCACUGCCAAACUUUAUAUAGUGAUAUACGAUCAUCAAUUAGUUCUUUAUACUUCAUUUAUAUAAAUAGCGUACAAAUGUCCCCGAACGGUUUAAUUCUCGCGUUGUACCUUUCGGUGUGUUUGGAAUUCACGUCCGGUGCACACUUCACGCUAGUGCAUCACGCAAAGUGUUUUCAAGGACACGAGCUGACAACGCUUGUUGGCGUUGGUUUAAACGAAUGCGUAACCGAAUGUGCGCUUAGAGCAUCCUGCCAAUCUGUUAGCUAUAGGCGAAAUAUAGCUCUAUGCGUGUUACAUGACAAAAUCUUCACUUCGGAGGCGGAAGUCUCCACGUCGGUGGUUACCUGCGUCGGCUACGUGUUCGUAUCAGUUCGAUUGGGGCCGCAACUCAUGACUUUACUUCCGGGACCGUGUUCUAGCUCUCCUUGUCCUCCGGGGACAAGGUGCAUGCCGUUUCAGGACACUUUUACGUGCGAGUUCAAAGAAUGUCCGUCAUCAACAACCACGUUCGUGCAAGGCGGCGGUAUUUUAGGAAACUUAAAUUCAAUUGGGAAUUUUCGUUUGGUUAAGUGCGAUCCGGAAUUCAAAUUGUUUGGUGUGGAAAGGCAGGAAUGUCUGCCGACGGGAAAUUGGUCGGGGGAGACGACAUGCUCAAUGGACUGUGGACCACCGCCUAUCGUCCCUAAUGGCUUUCUAGCCAUUGGUGCCAUAAAAACUUUCACCACCGAAAUUUUGAAGAUGACUGUAUACAAUUCUUCGCAGGUCACCAUGACAGCAGUUUUUCUCGAAGGCUCGUAUAUUGAAUACGCUUGUAACAACGGGUUUCAAAUGAGAGAGAAUAAUUUCACCGAGUGUGUUAAUGGUCUUUGGAUCGGGGACCCAACCUGCGAGGUUCCUGUGAGUCCGACUGGUGCAGAAAACAUGGGUAACUGCAACGAGUUGGUCAAGAGCUACUCCUACUCAACCGGAACUUGCGUAAAGACAUGCAAUACUUUCGCCGACACAUUUCAAGGAUUCCCGGGUAAAAAGUUGAACUUCCUUGAUGAAGCGCAGCUCUUUACUAGCAAUUUCACCGUUUGCAAAUUGGCAUGUCUCUCAAGGACUGAUUUUAAGUGCUCGUCCUUCGAGAUCUCUGACUCGCUCUGCAAUCUAGCGAUCGAAAACGCCAACCAAGGCGGGUACUUCCGGGACGCCAGCGGUUGGACAUAUUACCAACGUGACUGUAUAACGUAAACUCUUUUAACUCAAGAUAUUUUCGAACGCAUAUCGGCGACGAUUAAAUACAUUAUCUCCCGUUGCGUCGAGAACAAAACGAGAUUUUCAAUGUUUGCGCAUGAACAUAUGAUUUACUAUACAUAUUCAGAAAUUAGUCGUAGUCGAAAUACUUCUUUACGCUAUAUGUGUUUAUUUCGAAUUGUGUAUGGUUCUUUUCGAGCCACAUGCGCAUUACGUUCGGACCCUGAGUGUGCUCCAGUACUCCUAC